AUAACGGAAUUCACGCACCAAAUACUACACAACCUUAUGAAUUAAUAUUUUUUGGAUUCUGGUUGUGGUAUCACUUUGUUAAUUGUCGACGAUCUUUUCUUACGACUAGCUACCUGCUUGAUAACUCGCUCCCAUUGUUGCUCGUCAUGGUUCUUCAGCUAGAUGUAGCGAGUGGGUGAUGCUUCAAUCACAUAGCCGAUGCCUUGCUUGAGUCGUAAUGAAUUAUCAGAGGUCCUCUACUCAAUCCUUGAUAGUUUAUUUGGGCUUAGCUUCUGUCCUUCACUUCAUCGAACAUCACUGAAUAGCUGCACAGCCCGGACAUGAGAAACGAGGGGCCAAAACUCUGCUAACUACUUGGGGACUGUCCAAAGGCGAAAACGAGAAAAUUCCACUUUACUGGGAAGCGCCAUCUCUACUUUAGCUUUCUUUGGAAAGUUCGACUCCAUUUCUCAGGGUCCAAUUUCAAUGACCUUGCCCAAUAUGAGUACUAACGACGAUCCCUAUAUUCGCGAAGAACUAUGUAUGAUUCGAGAACGUGACAUUGAAGAAGAAACGGAUCACCAAACCUUUCGAAAGUUUGAUGAUGAAGAGGAAAUGGAUUACUGGGAUUCAAGUCUUGAUAUAACCAAUCUUAUACUUGAUUACGAAGCUGGAGUCAAACCUCAACUUGUAGUGCAAGCUAUUUAUGACCGUAUUGAGGCAUAUCGGAAGGUACAGCCGUCUGUAUGGAUUCAACUUCAAUCCAUGGCCGACGUUAUGGCUGCAGCCAGUGAGCUGGACAGGCGUUGGCCAGAUAAAUCCAGUAGGCCGCCGCUGUGGGGUGUACCUUUUAGCGUCAAGGAUAACUUCGACAUUGCGGGCAUUCCAACCACGAUUGGAUGUCCAGCCCUCGCAUACACUCCUACUUCUUCAGCGCUAGUUUAUCAACGAUGCAUUGAUGCUGGUGCUCUUUUUAUUGGCAAAACGAACAUGGAACAACUAGCUACUGGCAUGACAGGUUGCAGAUCUCCAUAUGGCAUCUUGCACUCAACCUUUAGCCCAUCUCAUAUUGUUGGCGGGUCGAGUAGCGGUAGUGCGGUAAGUGUUAGUGAAGGGUUGGUAUCAUUCUCUUUGGGUAGUGAUACAGCAGGAUCGAUUCGGGUCCCUGCAAACUUUAAUGGCCUUAUUGGUUUUAAACCUACUAAAGGAACUGUCUCAGCUCAGGGGGUGGCACCAGCGUGUCUCCAUCAGGACUGCGUUUCUUUCCUCGGCCUCACCACGCAAGAUACGGAAACAAUCUGGAAAGUUUGCCAGGGAUUCGAUAAAAAUGACUAUUUCGCCAAACCUCCACCAUUCAAUGUUUCAUCGCGAGUAUUAUCCACGGAUGCAAAACCCACAUUCAGAUUUGGCACCGCACCGGAUUCUGCACUUAAAGUCUGCAUCCCGAUCUACCGCGAGCAGUUUAAUCGUGUUGUGGCCACUCUUGAAUCAUUAGGUGGUAAACAAGUGGAGUUAGAUUGGACGCCCUUCGCAUCAGCUAACGAACUUCUCUACGACAGUACGUUCGUCCUAGAGCGACUUACCACGCUACCCGGAGGCUGGUUCGAGAAGAAUAAAAAACUCCUCCACCCUGUUAUUCGCUCCGUCUUCGAAGGUGCACUCGCACGCUCUAGUACAGCUAUUGAUGUAUUCAAGGAUUUCCAUAAACAAGCCGAGUAUAAAAGAAUGGUCGAAAACAUUCUUACAUUAGAUGAUGAUUCCGGCGAAUUAACCGUCAUGGUGGUCCCUACUACUCCUUUCCAUCCCACCAUUGACGAAGUAGAGAAGGAUCCAAUUGGAAUUAAUGGACAGCUAGGUGCUUUUGCGCAUUUUGCUAAUGUUUUGGACCUGGUAGCUAUAGCGGUUCCUUGCGGGACUUAUAAAUAUGGUAUUGAUAGAAUGGAAAGUCUACCGUUUGGUGUCACAAUAUUGGCGGGAACGGGACUAGAUCGCCAGCUUUUACAUUUGGUUAAGGGGCUGGAGGAUGCGUUGAGGGAUAUUGAGGGAGUGGAACUAUCAGGUUUGCAGCUUCCAGAAUUGGAGAUUAGAAGAUAAUAGGACAAGGGAGAACAGCUUUGGGCUAUCCGAUCAGAUUAUUAUUUCUUCAUUGAUUCAUUGUUUUUGUCCAAUCUCAUCACAGUAUCACCUGAUAUUCCGUUUGGUUCUCACAUUUAAAUUCAGGUCUGAAUCCGGACAUCUAAUUCUAUACUAUCUAUGACA